AAUCCUAAGGAAAUGUGUGGGAUCACGCUCUGCGUUUCCAAGUGGCUCAGGCGUUAUUGACAAACUAUCUUCAUCGGGUGACGUUAGUGGUGCCUACCAACCGCACGCUACAAACAACUAAGCGACAAAGUAAACGGGGGGAGCAGAAGGGAAGCAACCGCGCUUAGGACAAAAUGUCGAUUCAGUACGAAGUGGAACAGCUGUCUGACAGCUACGGGGUUGCGGACUCAUUCCCCAAAGAUUUUGGUUAUGGUGAAGAGGAGGCCGACAUCGAGGACAGCCCGGCACCGUCCGACAGCAAACCCAGAAUCCUGCUCAUGGGCCUGAGAAGAAGCGGCAAAUCAUCGAUACAGAAGGUGGUGUUUCACAAAAUGUCGCCCAAUGAGACCUUGUUUCUAGAGAGCACCAACAAGAUCUACAAGGACGACAUCUCCAGCAGCUCUUUUGUCAAUUUCCAGAUCUGGGACUUCCCCGGCCAGGUCGACUUCUUUGACCCCACCUUUGACUACGAGAUGAUCUUCAGAGGAACUGGGGCUUUGAUAUUUGUCAUUGAUGCUCAGGAUGAUUAUGUGGAGGCUCUGAGCAGGCUUCAUCUCACUGUGUCACGGGCCUACAGGGUCAAUCCAGAGAUCAACUUUGAGGUGUUUAUCCACAAAGUGGAUGGCUUGUCAGACGAUCACAAGAUUGAAACCCAGAGAGACAUCCAUCAGAGAGCCAAUGAUGAUCUGGCAGACGCCAGCUUAGAGAAGCUACAUCUCAGCUUUUACUUGACGAGCAUUUAUGACCACUCCAUCUUUGAGGCCUUCAGCAAAGUGGUACAGAAGCUCAUCCCACAGCUCCCCACCUUGGAGAAUCUCCUAAAUAUCUUCAUUUCUAAUUCAGGGAUCGAGAAAGCCUUUCUGUUUGACGUGGUCAGUAAGAUCUACAUCGCCACAGACAGCUCUCCCGUAGACAUGCAGUCCUAUGAACUGUGCUGUGAUAUGAUUGAUGUGGUUAUUGACGUCUCCUGCAUCUAUGGUCUGAGGGAGGAUGGCAGUGGCAGUGCCUAUGACAAGGAGUCCAUGGCCAUCAUCAAGCUCAACAACACCACUGUGCUGUACCUGAAAGAGGUCACUAAGUUCCUGGCCCUUGUCUGCAUCCUGCGAGAAGAAAGCUUUGAGCGCAAAGGACUAAUAGACUACAAUUUCCACUGUUUCCGGAAGGCUAUCCAUGAAGUAUUUGAGGUGGGUGUUUCCACUCAGCGUCCUGCGGGCCCACAGGCGAUGGGCUCACCCUGCACCAAGGCCGUUGCACUCAAUGGCACUCCACGUAACACUGUCUAGCCACUGAUGUAAAAUAAAAAAAACAAAAAGAUGCAAAAAGAAGGAAAAGGAACGGAAAUAUAAAGAAGGGCCAGGGAGCCUGUAGAGGAGAGACUACAAAACUGGGGCUCACCAGCGCACCAGUCACAAUCCCUUGCUCCCAGCACUUAAAGCACCGAGAGACACCUCAAGACAAGAGAGUGUGGGAGCAGCAGUGGAGUACAGAGGGGUCAGGCCAAGAUGGAAGAUUUGAAGGGAAUUUCAGGCAUCAGGUAAAUGCAAAGCACUGUGUUAGCUUUGAGGAAGCCGAGAGACUAAACUGCACCUGAACAGGAAAAAGGUUCAGGAUCUUUCUUUGGAUUUCCUAAAGCAGUCAAAGGCUGUGAUAAUUAGCUGCUGUUUCCUCUAUAUGAACAGUGUGAUGG